AAAAUCCGAUGUCUGUGAGAGAGAGAAAUAACUUCCUUUCAAAUUCCACCCUCCUCCUUUUCCUCCUUUUGAAAUGAUCGGGUUAUCCAUCUUCGUCGAUUAGGGUUUCAUCACUGUCAGAUGUAGACUGGUGCGAGAUUUCGAGUACAAAGUUAGUUUUUUUUAAGGUGGGGGAGAAAGCUUGGGAGUGAUGAUUUUGACGGGGACGAAUCUCGUGAUGACGGUGAUCGGAUUCGCCGUCAGCACGAUGUUCAUCGUGUUCGUGUGCACCAGGUUAAUAUGCGCCAGGAUCCAGUUGCGGGCUUCUAGAAGGAAUUUUCCGACCGCGGCCAGAUCCGAUCUCAGCAUCNUUGAACGUGGGUUUCAUGGGUUGGAGCCUUUUGUAGUAGCAAGCUUUCCUACGGAGGAAUUUGGUGACUAUUUCUCAUCUGGAAAAGAUACCCAGUGUACCGUAUGUCUUGCAGAAUACCAAGAGAGAGACGUUUUGCGCAUCCUUCCUUACUGCAAACAUGCUUUCCAUGUCAGCUGCAUAGAUAUAUGGCUAAAACAACAUCCAACAUGUCCUGUAUGUAGAAUAUCACUGCGUGAUUCUCCUGAUCGAAAAAGGGCAAUGCAGCCUCUCUACAGUGGAGCCAUCAGAUCUCUCUACCCUCGAGAAACCUUUGAGUUGGAUUCUUACCACUAUCUGUGCGCAAAUUAUCACUAUUCUGAAACGACAGAAGAUAGUCAGAGAGCAGUAUCUGUUCAAGAGGAUCAGUUAACGUCAGAAUCAUCUGUAGCUCUUGAGUUGCCAUCUAUGGACAGUAUGAAGAUUGAUUGUUAUCAGGAAACAAAGGGAAAGCUCAUGGAGAGUCCAUCAAACCCAUAGCUAACCAAGGUUCUGGGGACUGAAGGUGGCUGUUUGAAUCGGACUUUUGACAACUGAAUAGGGAAAGCAGGAACUUACAGAAACUGAUGUCAAAAUUCAGCAACCUGAUGGUGCGUAAUCUAGAUGUACUGUUCCACGUGGGUUUUCUGUGAAUGUCACAUUAUUUUUUAAUUCUGCAAAGUGAAAGUUUCUGGGUAAACCUUAGUUCGCAUAUAAAGUCUGAUUCAAGCUUACUCA